UCAAAAUAUUUGAACACUCGUAUGAUGAUGAAUAUUUGAACAAAAGACUACAUCUUUUGUUCCAGCACUGCUGCAUGGAACAAGUUUGUCUGCGAUUGUGUGUGCUGACUUUGUGUUAAUUGUGUUUUCCUUUCCCAAUGCAGGUCCUAGCUAGCAAAUCCAAGAUUUAUAUGGUCCUUGAAUAUGUAACUGGAGGGGAAUUGUUUGAUAGAAUCGCAUCGAAGGGCAAGCUUCCAGAAGCAGAGGGCAGGAAGAUGUUCCAGCAGUUGAUUGAUGGUGUCAGUUACUGUCAUAACAAAGGUGUUUUUCACAGGGAUCUUAAGCUAGAGAAUGUUCUUGUUGAUGCAAAAGGAAACAUUAAGAUAUCCGAUUUUGGACUCAGUGCUUUGCCCCAGCAUUUUAGGGAUGACGGGUUAUUGCAUACAACCUGUGGAAGCCCUAACUAUGUUGCGCCUGAGAUUCUCUCGAAUAGAGGGUAUGAUGGUGCUACAUCAGAUAUAUGGUCAUGCGGUGUUAUUUUGUAUGUAAUUCUCACGGGAUACCUGCCUUUUGAUGAUAGAAAUCUUGCUGUUCUAUAUCAAAAGAUCUUCAAGGGGGAUGCUCAGGUACCAAAAUGGUUGUCACCGGGUGCUAAAAAUAUGAUUAAGAGGAUUCUUGAUCCUAACCCUGUUACCAGAGCAACAACAGCAGAUAUCAAAGCUGAUGAAUGGUUUAAGAUUGACUAUACUCCAAUGGAUUCUGCAGAAGAACAAGAUGAUGUAUGUAUCGAUGACGCAGCUUUUUCGAUUCAGGAAGCGCCAUCAGAAGAUGGGAGUCCAAAAUCACCCAACCUCAUCAAUGCUUUUCAGUUAAUUGGGAUGUCCUCAUGCCUAGACCUCUCAGGUUUAUUUGAGAAAGAGGAUGUUUCUGAUAGGAAGAUCAGAUUUACAUCCAAUCAUUCUAUGAGCGAUUUGCUCGAGAAGAUAGAGGAUAUUGUGACGGAGAUGGGGUUUCGAGUCCAGAAGAGAAAUGGAAAGUUUCAAGUGAUUCAAGAGCACAGAGGAAAGAGAAGUUCGGGCAGUCUUUCUGUUGCCACAGAGGUGUUUGAGAUUAGCCCAUCACUGUAUGUAGUUGAAUUAAGAAAAUCUUAUGGAGAUUCUUCAGCAUACAGACAGUUAUGUACAAAGCUAUCAAAGGAGUUAGGUGUCCCCUCAAGUCCAGGACUGUUGACCACAGAAGUAUGAUUAUCUGUCUCUGCAUGAUCAACAUGGCCAUCCAUUAAAGAUUCAUUCAGCACAAUGCAUGAGUCCGAUAGGCCGGCCGGCAUCGGCUUCCAUCUUUGUUUGCUGUGAGGCGUCAAGAAAUAUACAGAAGAUGGGAUGCCCGUAGAUUCAGAGUUGGAGAAGUUAUUAAUAUGUGAAUAAUUCAUUUCAUUUUUCUGUCUCUUGUAAAGAAAACAUAUUAUUUUUCCACUACCACUCGCUCAUUCUCGCCUCGGCUUUAAUAUUGAAUUAUUGGGUCCAGGAUUGGCUUGAUCGGAAA